AUGCCUUCCGCACCUCGCAAGCAAUCCAAGACCUACAAGGUUCCUAGCCGUCCCUUCGAGUCAGCUCGUCUUGACGCUGAACUCAAGCUUGCUGGUGAAUAUGGUUUGAGAAACAAGCACGAAAUCUGGCGUGUUGCCCUUACCCUCUCUAAGAUCCGUCGUGCUGCUCGUGAGCUUUUGACUCUUGACGAGAAGGACCCUAAGCGUCUCUUUGAGGGUAAUGCCAUCAUUCGUCGUCUUGUUCGUUUGGGUAUCUUGGACGAGACCCGUAUGAAGCUUGAUUAUGUCUUGGCUCUUCGUAUUGAAGACUUUUUGGAGCGUCGUUUGCAAACCCAAGUUUUCAAGCUUGGUUUGGCUAAGUCUAUCCACCACGCUCGUGUCUUGAUCUACCAACGUCACAUCCGUGUUGGUAAGCAAAUUGUCAAUGUCCCCUCUUUCGUUGUCCGUUUGGACUCUCAAAAGCACAUUGACUUUGCUCUUACUUCUCCUUACGGUGGUGGCCGUCCUGGUCGCUGCAAGAGAAAGCACCUUCGUGCUCAACAAGAAGGUGGUGAAGGCGCUGAAGAAGCUGAAGAAGAGUAA